AUGGGCACCGAGGCUGUGAUCGCGAGUAUCGCCAUUGAUGUCUCCGCGUUUGAUCUCUGCGGACUUUAUUCGGCUAUGGAGAUCUUCGGAUUUAUUGCGGUUUAG